AUGAACGUGCUCGUGUACCUGGGCCGAGGCACCACGCCCGAGCUGGUCAAACACACCGUGGAGUCGCUCAGACUCCAUCUUUCUCCGAAUUACGCUGUGGUGACGGUUUCUGAGCAAUCGCUUUUGGGUGACCCCUGGCAGUACAAAACGCUGAUGUUGGUGGUUCCAGGAGGCGCUGAUUUGCCGUACUGUGAUGUUUUGAACGGCGCCGGCAACCUGAAGAUCACGCAGUUUGUCAGAAAAGGCGGCAGGUACUUAGGGCUCUGUGCUGGAGGAUACUACGCUGCCAAACGGUGUGAAUUCGAGGAGGGCGACCCGAAAAUGGAGGUCAGUGGUCCUAGAGAGCUAGGCUUCUUUCCCGGCAUCGCCAGGGGCUGUGUCUACAAGGGAUUUGACUACGAGUCUCAUAAAGGCAGCAAGGCGGUCACCAUGGCUGUAAACACGUCCGCUUUGCCCCUGAGCCCGAAGGAGGUGACUGUUUACUACAACGGAGGCGGGCUUUUCGUGGAUGCCCUGAAACAGCGCAACGUGGAGGUUUUGGCCCGAUACGCUGCUCCUCAGGCUGAUCUUGAAGAUACAGAUAUGGCGGCUGGCGUUUAUUGCAAAGUCGGCAAGGGCUGUGCUGUUCUUUUUGGCACACAUCCUGAGUUCCUGCCGCCGCUUAUGAAGGCUGGCGACGACGAGCACUUUGCGCUGGUGGUGGAUCUGAUUGAGGCGAACGACCAUGAAAGAAAGCUCUUUUUGCGGGCGGUUUUGGACAAAAUGGGGCUCAAGACAAACGGCAACGUCGACGGUGCCGUGCCCCGGCUCACGCCCAUUUUCUUGUCGUCCCUGAUGGACCCUAGUGUCGCCAGAAACUUGCUCAACACGCUCCAGGACAAAAUGGAGUUUGUUUCGGGAAAUACGUUUGAGGACGUCAACGACACGUUUGUGCUCCAUGACGAGAAGGACUCGGAUAUUAUUGAAGACACGGAAACGGACGGUGAGCAGUCCUUUGACCAGGUGGUCUCUGCUCCAAAACACAUCAAAUUCUUCACCUCACAGGCUUUCCCCAGCCACGCCCAGACGCCGUACUUCAGCAUGGCCAAGUAUUUUGACGAAUUGAAGCAUCUUCACGACGCCAACAACCAGCCCAUCGGGCAGAUCGGCCAGCUUCUUGGAUAUGGUGAGGUCGUCACCUCCACAAGCACUCUUCUAGACAAAAACCCCAACUGGCUCGAACACCUCCCUCACGGACUCACGUUCACAGCAACUACGCAAAUAGCCGGAAGGGGCCGUGGCGGAAACGUCUGGAUUAACCCUAAGGGCGUCAUGGCCACAUCCAUAUUGUUCAGACUCCCCCAGGGCGAAUCCAACAGCUCCAUCAUCGUCACCCUCCAGUACCUCUGUGCACUUGCGCUUAUAGAGUCGAUUUUGGGCUAUGGCCUGCCUGUCCAGGGCCAGGGCUCCGGAUACGAGGAUAUGCCGUUGAAGCUCAAAUGGCCCAACGACAUGUAUGCCUUGAAGCCUGAGUUCUACAAUCUGAUUGGUGAUAAGGACGAUGUGAGCAGCACUGUGGAAGGUGACGACGAAAAAUGGGCCAAAAUCUCAGGAUCUUUGAUCAAUUCUCAGUUUUUGAACGGCCGUUUCCAUCUUGUCUGGGGCGGUGGUGUCAAUGUGUCCAAUGAAGCACCCACCACCUCGCUCAAUCGUGUUCUCGCGAGACUCAAUGAGCUCCGAGCAGCCAAGGGCUUGCCUGAGCUUCCUCCCUACGAGCACGAAACCCUCCUUGCAAAGAUUGUGUUCAAUAUGGAGCAGUUCUAUAGCGUUUUCCAGAGAUCCGGUUUGCAGCCAUUUUUGUCGCUUUACUACAAAAGAUGGUUCCACCUGAACCAGAGGGUUGUCUUGGAUGCUGCUGGCGACGGCAAUGUCCGUGAUUGUGUGAUUCGUGGAAUCACAAGUGACUAUGGGCUCUUGAUAGCGGAGGAUAUGAGAAACCACGAGAAGUUGGAGUUGCAGCCGGACGGGAACUCGUUUGAUAUUUUCAAGGGGCUCGUUUACAAGAAGAGGUGA